UUAAAAUUGGUUUUUACCAAUAAAAAGGGAAGUUAAUAUUCAACUCCAAAAGAGAUUUAUCGAUUAAAAAGCGGAUUUCAAUUUCAUUUGUGCGUUAAAAUGAUUUACAAAAAGGAACUGUUGAUUUUAAUCUCAAUAAUAAUAUCGACGGGUGCGAAAAUUUUCUCGCCAAUUUCAUACGAAGUGGACAAAACGGUGGCGGCCAGUGUUAGAAAUGUAAGAAAAGCGGAGCCGUUGAAAGAUGCGCGGCAAUUAGUGAAAAAUGUUGAUUUUCCCAAACUUUUCAAAAGUCUACGUCGCAAUCAUUCGCCUGAAGAGGUGCGAAUCGUUGGUACAAUUGGAUUAUUGGCGGGUGCAUUGCACGCUGAAGAAGCGAUGCGUGAGAAUCUCUAUCACAUGACGGAUGAUUUACUGGAUACGUUCAACAAGUCAACGCCCAAAGAGAAUAUGCACAAACUGUUGGCCAUUGAAGAGACGAUAAACCGUGAUAAAUCGGCCAUUUCAAUACUGAACGGUAUGCUUCGGUAUGCUCGAAAUGGAACCACUUUGAAUGCUCUUGAGAAAGAUAUGCACCACAUUUUGCAUGAGAAUGAAGCCUCGUCAAAGCGAUUACGCAGCAAAAAAUUGGCUUUGGGCAUAGAUGACGAAAUUGAUGGCCAGAAAAGUGCAUCGACCGGAAAGUUAAUAACUCGUUCUGGAAUGAAUUUGAAGUAUAGCGUCAAAGAAAAACUGUAUGAUGUAAGGGAAAUGAUUGACAAUCAUGUUGAAAAUAUACACUCGAGUGUAACGGACAAUGUGAAGCAAACCAUCAAGUUUGUUCAAAAAAUGCAAAAAACCAAUGAAAAACUAUCGCAGACGAAUACGAAGCAAAAAGUUAAAUUGGAUCCAUCGUUGAUUCCUGUUCGAAGACUUUGGGAUCAAAUUGCAUCGCCCGAAAAUACGGGAUCCGAUUUUGAUGUUGAUUUGAAUUAUCAUCAAGAGCCCGGACAGGCUUUUCGCAUUGUUGAAAUGGCACGGCUCACAAAAGGCGAAGAAUUAGUUGUCGUGACAUCGAAACCGAAAGCCGUUCUCGUUAACACGAAAUUAGAUCGUUUCAAAAGACAUGACCGACGAAGUGAUCCGGAUAUGUCUUUUGUGGUCGAUGUUGAUGUUGGUUUUGGUGGCCCAAAAAUGAACGACAGACAAGAUGAUGACGAUAAAGAUAACGAAAUUGAUGGUAGCAAAAGUGAAGGCGAAAAAGAAAUGAACGAACAAAAUGAAGAGGAAUUUGAUGAAAGUUCUAGCCCAUCUGAUGAGCCAGGUGGUCUUGUUGGUUUGAUCACCAACCUAAGUGGGGUAUGUAGUCAUUUUGAGGUUUAA